AUCAAAACACAGUUUGCUUCUUUUUUUCUCUCACCAUUGUCGAAUUAGCUUUCGAGCUUUGAAGGUAUCGCCUGAAUUUUCUUUAUUUAUUUUUUCCAUAAAGACAUUACUACUUGUAAGUAAAAUUGAAUUGUGGAGAAGCAAUUUUUUUUUUUUUUUUUUAUCUUCGUCAAAGCUUAUCCGGUUCUGUGUGGUGAUCGUUCGCUGCCUCUAAUGGACCGAAUUGCGUCUGCGACGUUCUCUUGCCCAGCGUUUUCAACGCCUCGCGUUUGUAGGAUCAAACCUUUUGGCCUAAACAUCAAUACCGAUCAUAGAAAGAGAUUUUCUUGUCGAGUAAACACGACAGCAGCUAAGGUCGUGGACAGUGAACUUGACUUAGAAUACAAGAAACAUGAUCUACUGAGAGCUGUCCAAGAAACUCAACGAGGACUCACUGCCACUUCUGAUCAACGCUCUGUCAUCGAGGAGGCUCUGGUGACUGUAGAAGGGUUUAAAGGUGGUGAAGCCAUUGAUUUGGUGAAGUUAGAUGGAACAUGGAGACUACAGUAUACAUCUGCACCUGAUGUUGUUGUUCUGUUCGAAGCUGCCUCAAGAUUCCCCUUCUUUCAGGUUGGUCAGAUCUUCCAGAAGUUUGAGUGCAGAGAUCGAUCAGACGGUGGGAUCAUUCGGAAUGUUGUUCAGUGGAGUGUUCCAAGCUUGUUAGAGGAGCAAGAAGGUGCAACACUUGUUGUUACUGCCAAGUUCGAUAAGGUCUCUAGUCGAAACAUCUAUCUUCAGUUUGAAGAGAUAAGUGUUAGAAAGAUUAAUAUCAAUGAGCAAGUUCAAGCUCUUCUCGCACCUGCAAUUCUCCCACGCUCGUUCUUAAACCUUCAGAUUUUGCAGUUUAUACGUACUUUCAAUGCUCAGAUUCCAGUAACAGCAACCAGCCCAGGGAGGAGAUCUGUGGGAGGAUUGUAUUACCUCUCUUAUCUCGAUAACAACAUGCUCUUGGGUCGAUCUGUUGGAGGUGGAGGAGUCUUUGUCUUUACAAAAUCUCAACCCCUCGAGCUCUGAGAAUUUAGAAAAAAAAUCUGUAAAACUCUGCUUUCAAACUGUAUAUCACAAGAGAGAAGAUGAACUUUAUUAUGUUAGUAGAUUAUGUUUAUGUAUAAACAACCUAUUCGGGUUUUUACUGUUGAGAUAUUGUUACAACAAAAGCAAAAAAA